CACCGCGCGCGCGGUGGUGUCGGCUGCUGUCCCCGCGCGUCCCGUCGGGUGCCCCCAGGAGCGCGAUGGCCGAGCUCUUUCCUCUGGCCGAAGAGCUGUCGUGCUCCAUCUGCCUGGAGCCCUUCAAGGAACCCGUCACCACCCCGUGCGGCCACAACUUCUGCAGGUCGUGCCUGGAUGAGACGUGGGUCGUCCAGGGCCCGCCGUACCGGUGCCCGCAGUGCCGCACGGUGUACCAGGUGCGCCCGCAGCUGCACAAGAACACGGUGCUGUGCGCAGUGGUGGAGCAGUUCCUGCAAGCCGAGCAGGCACGGACGCCCGUGGACGACUGGAUCCCCCCUGCCCGCUCCGCCACUUCCAGCUCAGCCACCCAGGUGGCCUGUGACCACUGCCUGAAGGAGGUCGCGGUGAAGACGUGCCUCGUGUGCAUGGCCUCUUUCUGCCAGGAGCACCUGAGACCGCACUUCGACAGUCCCGCCUUUCAGGACCACUCCCUGCAGCCACCCGUCCGCGACCUGCUGCGCCGCAAAUGCCCCCAGCACAACCGUCUUCGGGAAUUGUUUUGCCCCGAGCACGGCGAGUGCAUCUGCCAUGUAUGCCUGGUAGAGCACAAGACCUGCUCCCCUACACCCCUAAGCCAGGCCAGCGUCGACCUGGAGAGCAAACUGAGGCAUAAGCUCACCAUCAUGUAUAGUCACAUCAGCGGGGCAUCCAAGGCGCUGGAGGAUGUGAGAGUCAAGCAGCAGAGUGUGCAGGACGCUAUGAACAGGAAGAUGGAACAGCUGAGACUAGAGUAUAUGGAGAUGAAAGCUGUCAUUGACUCGGCGGAGACCAGCUCCACAUGCAAGCUGAAGGAGGAAGAGAAGAGGGUCUUCGGAAAGCUGGAGACCAUCUACCAGGUUCUCGUCAAGAAGAGGAAUGAGAUGCAGAAACUGAAGGCGGAGGUGGAACUCACCUUGGCCAAAGCGGACGAAUUUGAGUUUCUGGAGAAAGCUGCAAAAUUGCAAGGGACGUCAACAAAACCAGUCUACAUCCCCAAGGUAGACACAGACCACGAGUUGAUAAAGGGGGUCUACCAGAGCGCGCUGGACCUCAAGGGUGAGCUGAGGCGCUCCCUCAAGCAGCUACAGAAGAAGGUUGAGGAGUCCCCUGGCUCAGGUGACCUGGGAGAUCAGGGUACAGAGUCCACACCCAAGGCCACACGCCCUUCGAAGAAGACCCCACAGGAAAAGAAGACCAAGAAAGCCUCUGCUGCUCCUGGCCCCAGCCAAAGCUCUUCCCCAUCCAGCAAGUUUCCCACCUUUGGAGCUCCUGGAGAGUCAAUGGACUUUAAAACAACUGUCCCUGAGGCCACACCCAAAACCAACACCCCACAGCCAAACUCUGCUGCACUCAAAAAUAAGGUCCUAGAAAACUUCUUAGCCAAGUCCAGAGCUGAGCUUAUGGAGUAUUUCGUUAAAGUUGUCUUCGACUACAAUACUGCCCACAACAAAGUGGUCCUUUCCGACAACUACACCACCGCUUCUGUGGCUGACGGGCUCCAGCACUACCGGUCACAUCCCCAGAGGUUCACCUACUGCUCUCAGGUUCUGGGGCUGCACUGCUAUAAAAAAGGCAUUCACUACUGGGAGGUGGAGCUGCAGAAGAACAACUUCUGUGGCGUAGGCAUCUGCUAUGGCAGCAUGGAGCGGCAGGGCCCCGAGAGUCGGCUGGGCCGGAACGCCAACUCAUGGUGUGUAGAAUGGUUUAACAACAAGAUCUCUGCCUGGCACAACAACGUGGAGAAAACUCUGCCCCACACCAAGACCACGCGAGUCGGUGUACUUCUCAACUGUGACCACGGCUUCGUCAUUUUCUUUGCUGUCACAGAAAAGGUCUAUCUGAUGUACAAGUUCAAGGUGGACUUUACUGAAGCCCUGUACCCAGCCUUCUGGGUGUUCUCUGCGGGUACCACGCUUUCCAUCUGCUCCUCCAAGUAG